AUGACCUAUUAUAUGAUGAUUAAGUAUAUAACUAUAAAAGUUAUUUUGCUUUUAGUAAUCUAACUAAAGGCAAAAGAGCUAUGUACAGAGAUAGAAGGAUGUAUAAGUUGCAUCAAUAAUGCUAAUAAUUAAAAUUAAUGUACUCAGUGUGAUAUGGAUUACUAAUUGGACUCAGAAUAAAAUUUAUGCAUUUAUAUUAAAUGUAAUAAUUAUUAGUUUUUCGAUAAGUAAUAAUAUGAUGGCAGUCAAGAGAGCGGUUGCGUAGCUAUCUGUAAUUCUUCUACCUAACAAGAUGAUAAGACAAAUUUGUGCAAAACUCAAUUAAGAUGUAACACUUAAAGACCUUCAUAACAAAUUAUGCAGGAAAAAGUCAUCACUAAAGACUUUUUUAUAUAUCAAGAUGAUUAUUAUGUUGCCUAAAAAGAAGGAUCUCUCUUUAUCUAUAAUAGGACUGAUGUUUCUCUCAUAAAAAAUAUUUUUCAUAAAAGGAGCUGA